AUGUUUGCUGAUCAGGCCGCCAUGUUUGCUGAUCAGGCCGCCAUGUUUGCUGAUGAGGCCGCCAUGUCUGCUCAAAGCAACUUAUUAGUUUUACUUCCAAAAUUCUUUCUUUCUUUUUCUAUCUUUCUUUUUCUAUCUUUCUUUCUUUUUCUAUCUUUCUUUCUUUUUUCUUUCCCUAUCAUUACUGCUCUCUCUCUCUCUCUCUCUCUCUCUCUCUCUGACUUCAUCUUUAUUUCUCACGACCUUAUUCGACUUUCCUCACUUAUAAUUUUAUCCUAUCACACUCUCUCUCUCUCUCUCUCUCUCUUUCAUCUGAUUUUCCUUACUUACAAUUUUAUUCUCUCUAUCACUCAAUUUCAUUCCCCCUCUCUCUGUCUCUCUCUCUUUCUCUGUCAUCUCUGUCUCUCUCUAUCUCUCUAUCUUUUUUCUCUCUCUCUCCCUCUCUCUGUGUACUCUAUCACUCCCUAUCUUAUUCAAUUUCGUCUCUCUUAUUUUAUUCCCUAUUUCACUUUCUGUGUGUGUGUGUGUGUCUUAUUCGAUUUUUCUCUCGUUAUUUUAUUGUCUGCUUCACUCACACACACUCUCUCUCUCCCCAUCUCUCUCCCUCUCCCUCUCUCUCUCAGUCUCUGUCUUUCUCUCACUUCUCUUUUCUCUCAAUCUCUAAACAACGCGCAGACUAAACUCUUUCACUUUCUGUCAUAUUCGAUUUCUUUCUUACUGUUUCAUUCUUUCUCUCUCUCUCUCUCUCCUCCUCCUCUCUCUCUGUCUCUCUCUCUCUUUCACAGAGAGAGAGAGACACACACACGCACACACACUCACCCACUCUCUUUCUGUCAUCUGAUUUUUCAUUCAAACUUUUAUUCAAUCUUUCUCUCUUAUUAUUUCCUUUUCUCUAUCACUCUCUCUCUCUCUCCGAUUCACACUCUCUGUUUUAUUCGAUUUUCUCUCAUUAUUUUCUUUUCUACCUCUCUCUCUCUCUCUCUCUCUCUCUAUCUAUCUAUCUAUCUAUCUAUCUAUCUAUCUAUCUUACUCACUCACUCACUCACUCACUCACUCACUCACUCACUCACUCUCCGAUUUAUAUUCUGUUUUAUUCGAUUUUUCUCUUUUAUCAUUUUAUUCUCUCAGUAA